CGUCGCGGCUUGCUGCUCCUCCCUCGAUCGCCGCCCAAGAGAGCGGAGCCGGAGCCAUGAAGGAUCGGACGCAGGAGCUGCGCACGGCUAAGGACAGCGAUGAUGACGACGACGUCACUGUCGGAGUGGAUCGGGACCGCUUCAUGGACGAGUUUUUUGAGCAGGUGGAAGAGAUCCGGGGGUUCAUCGACAAGAUCGCGGAGAAUGUGGAAGAGGUGAAGCGGAAGCACAGUGCCAUUCUUGCAGCCCCCAACCCCGACGAGAAAACCAAGGAGGAGCUAGAGGACCUCAUGUCUGACAUCAAGAAGACAGCCAACAAAGUGCGCUCCAAGCUAAAGGGUAUUGAGCAGAGCAUCGAGCAGGAGGAGGGGCUCAACAGAUCGUCAGCAGAUUUGAGAAUAAGAAAGACCCAGCAUUCCACCUUGUCCCGGAAGUUUGUGGAAGUGAUGUCAGAGUACAACGCCACCCAGUCUGACUACCGGGAGCGCUGCAAGGGCAGGAUCCAAAGGCAGCUAGAAAUAACUGGCAGAACCACCACCAGUGAGGAGCUGGAGGAUAUGUUGGAGAGCGGGAACCCUGCCAUUUUCUCCUCUGGGAUCAUCAUGGACUCCAACAUCACGAAGCAGGCGCUGAACGAGAUCGAGACUCGGCACAGCGAGAUCAUCAAGCUCGAGAACAGCAUCCGGGAGUUGCACGAUAUGUUCAUGGACAUGGCAAUGCUAGUGGAGAGCCAGGGCGAGAUGAUUGACCGCAUUGAAUACAACGUGGAGCACUCGGUGGACUACGUGGAGAGGGCUGUCUCGGACACCAAGAAAGCAGUCAAGUACCAGAGCAAAGCCAGGCGGAAGAAGAUCAUGAUCAUCAUUUGCUGCGUGGUGCUGGGCAUUGUGAUCGCCUCAACGGUUGGCGGGAUUUUCGGCUAGAAGCCCAAGACUCUCUUUUUUUGGAGGGGGGAACGCAGAGGUGGAGAGUGCCUGGGCCCAGCCAGACAGCCGCAACCCCCAGACCCUGCAGCGGAAGCAGCAGCCACCACCCCAGGGGGGAACUGGCCCACCAGCACUGCUCCCAUCUCUUAUGCAUGAUUGUUCGUGUUAAUGCUGCGUGUCCAGUGCAGUGGGGUGGGGGGCGGGAGGAAGGCCACAGACACAUGCAAUUUCCCCACCUGAUCUCUUCAGAGGGACACCCCCCCUUUUGCUUCCACUGGCCAACGACUCCCCUCCUCUCUGUUUUCUUUCCAUCCCAGUGAGGUCCCUCUUUUUCUUCUCUUUCCUCUUUGCCUUCAAAGGUGAGUUUGCCAACAAAGGUGUGCAAAAUUGGAUCCUGCUCUCUCCCAGGGGAGGGGCCAAGAUUUUCUCUUUCUCUCCACCCCCUGAUCUCUCCAGCCACAGAAUGGGCAGGCUGGCCUGUUGUUUCUUGCUCCCUUCUGUCUUGCUCUGAGCCAGGUUCUUGUCUCGUCCCCUCAGCAUCAGGAGAGCUUGUGAGGCCUGCCUCUUGCCCUGCACCGUCAAGGCCUGCCUAUGUAUUGAAAACAGGAUGCCACCUUUUCACUUAAGGCGGCCGCGGGGUGGUGUGCAACUCUAGAUUUAAAUCAAAUGCAAUGUUUUUAUUUUUUAUAAAGGACAGACACUUUUAGAAGUAGGCAGGAGCCACCUGUCAACAGAAGCAGGCUGUCAACGCUACGUCCCCAUUAUUUUUAGAUGUUCUCUCUCAAGGUUUUCAGGCCUAUGCUGAAUAGCGUCCUGGUUUUUGGGGGGGUGGAGGGGGUUGCGGUUUGCAGUCCAUGAAUCUUCCUGUCCAAAUGUGCUGUGGCUCUGUCUCUCUCAAGCCCUACAGCAGCAAAGCUCGUGUUCUGAAUUUCCAGGUGUGAAACGGCGCCUCCUUCUAGAAUUUCCAAAACGUUCCAAGUGGCACCGAUUCAACACUUCACAUGUGGGCAGCUUUACCCUCUCAGGGAAACCCUCCAUGGACUUAAGAUCUGUAACUGAGUUUCUCGAGCUGCUCAUCUCCGGCUUCCCCAAAUGUUUCUGGCCUCUCAACUCCCAUCAUCCCUCACCAUUCCUGCAUUGCAGGGAGUUGGAAUAGAUGACCCAUUGGGGUCCCUUUUGACUCUGCACCUCUGUGCUGGCUGCUAGGAGUCAACACCCGGAGGUCCACAGGUUCCCUGCCCUGUGCAAGGCUGUGUCUAGCGGCUCUCUGCGUGAGUUUGUGUGCACCUUGCCAGACCAGUUACUCCCUCUGCCACAUUUUUCCUCUUUGCUACAAGCCAAAAGCGCACACAGACGGUUGUGCCUGCUAGCAGUAGGUGACGGGGGCAUGCUGCUCCCAGGGGCGACUGAGCAAAUAGCUAACCCUUUGGAAACGCAGAACCUGUGUUGAAUCCACCAUCUGUCCCUGGGCCAGGGGGUCAGGAGAGAAGCUGCGGGCUGCACAUGGGUGGGAAACCAGAUGUUCCUGCCUUCCAAACUCAUAGAACCGCAGAACUAUAAGGCACCAAAAGGCUCAUCUAGGCCAACUCCCUGCAAUGCAGGACUCCCAACAGCCCCGAGCAGCAUGGCCAUAAUGGGAGUUGCAGCCCAACAUCCAGAGAGCCAUAGCUGGCUCCCGUCCCUGCCACAAGGAGAGGGGUUUCUGCCCUCCCUCCCUCCCCCAGAGCCCAUUAAGGGUGGUGCCAGUUACAUAUGCAAUGCAGCAAGUGCCAACCCCCACCCUGCACCCCGGUCUUUUAACUCUGCUCUUCCAGCUGCUUCCCAGCACCAGCAGGUCUCUUGGAGAAAAGCAACACUGCCAUUGUCUGGAUCCAGAGCGCUCUCCUCCCUUAGCCAUCGGAGUGCAAUGGGACCCUUUUAACAAGGCGUUUGCUCUGCCUCCUGAAUGUGCUCUGCUCACAAGCCGAGGCCCUGGAACGAGCAGGAUGAGGCCUGCUCCGCCCCCGAGAGGACCUCAGCUGCACCUACUGCAGAACUACUCCGGGCUCCGGCCUGCCAUUUUUUUGAGAGUCCGCACGGCAGUUGCAUCAACAACUGUGUGGUCCUUCUGCAGCCUGAGAACGUUGUCUCCCUCUCUCUUGCUGCAGGACCACAGACCUUCCUUCCCCCGGCAUCAGCUGGGGCAGGGGCCAAAGACCCCCUUUCUGCAGAGCACAUGCAAUUUACGUUUGUAGACUUUGCUCUCUGCCAUCCGCUUUCUUCUUCCCCGCAUUUCCUGGCCCUAAAUCUUCUGCACGCAGCCUGGCAUGGCGGCAUUUGGCCAUUGGUGGCCUCUGCUGCUUUGCUCCUCCUCCAGACCUUCCCUGCUUUCCUUGCAUGUCAAAACCUGAGCCAUCUGUGAUGUGUCUGUGCUCUGGAAGCUGUUCUGCCCUCCAAGACAACAAACCUGCCAGUUGUUGGGGUGUGUAUGUGUGUAUUUUGUUUUUUAAUUCAGAGAGCCCUGAAGUGCCACCACCAGUAUUCCGCCUCCUCACAGGAAAAGGACAUUUAUUGAUCCAUCUUUGUGGAGGCCUCCCCUGGAGUCUCGUAGCAUCGCUGUGUUGCUGUGUGAAGCCAAGUGUCCUUCUCUCUCUCUCUGUGUGUCUGUCCUCACAAGCUGCCUCGCUCUCCUGCCUUUGUGGAUGUGGAACUGUCCGUCCGUCUGUUGCCUUCUUCUGACGUUCUGGCCUGCUUAGUUUACCCUUUACGCCACAACCCCCUCUAUAAAACUUCAGGUGGAAAAGCAGCUUCCUUUCCUGGAUGGGAUUUUAUGUAGAAUUAAACAAAAAAGUGUUUAUAUCUGUGAAGUGUUUCCUGGCUCCUCUGUGUGUUUGGAAGGUGGGGGUGUUGCCCUCCUGUUGACUAUGCAGCCACCUGGUUUAAAAACUCUGUCCCUCUCUAACAUACAGGAAGGCUACUGACAUGCCUCAAUGCUUAGGUUUUAGGAGUUGGGGAAGGUGAAGAGAUGCAGAAGUUAUUCCUGAAAAUCCAACUCUUACCGUUCUCUGGCCCUUGAGCCCUUUCUGUGGGUGUUAUGAAAUCUUAAGGACCUUCAGCAUGGAGAGCUCAGCUUUUCCGGCAGCUGAGAGGCCUACAUGCCCCCAGGCGGUGUGGUUUUCUCCAUGAGUCUUUAAAUGUUUUACCUGCCCAAAGGAGCCGGGCUACUUCCAAAAAGUUUAUAGGGGAGAACAAGGGGUUUGGACAAUAGCAAGUGAGCAGGAUAAGUGCACACAUAGGCAGGGAACCUGUAGCCCUCUUAAAGAUUAAAAGCUUCCCUAAACAGGGUGGCUUAAUUUAAAAGUCUGCGAGUCAAGGGCGGGGGGGUGGAGAUUGAGCUCAGAGAACCCCGCAUACAGCCAGCCCCACUUGAUCUAGUAAUCCAACAUCUCAGGAAAGGGUUGUUGGUUUUUUAAUCUUUUAAUAGCCGCUGCCACAAAGCUUUCUGUCUUUGGGUGGGAAAUAUCUGCAGCCCUCUUCCAGAUAGUCCUGGACUCAAACUCCCAUCUGUCAGGGAUGAUGGUGGUUGUAGUUCAGCAACAUCAGGAGGAGGGGGGGGCAAAAUAUUCCCCACCCCCAGCAUAUACUACCCUGUGUUUCAAAGCAUUUUAUUUUAGCCUGGCACUUUUCUAGCAGAGGGGAAUCACAUCUCCCCGCCUCCUAGAGUGGUAAAAGACGAGGCCUCCUCUGAAACACUGCCUGGGAUGGA